AUGACAAUACCAUGUUUACUGGUUUUCCUUGUGACAAGGACUGAAGGGCGAUCAUUCUUCGAUCGUCAACAUUCGUCGCAUCAGGUAGAUGAUCCAUAUGGUGCUCUGGGAGUUGGACGCUAUGCUUCGAAUGACGAAAUAAAAGCUGCAUAUCGAGCAAAGGCCAAAGAGUGGCACCCCGACAAAAACCCAAAGGACCCAGAGCUAUCAGCGCAAAAAUUUCGUGAAAUAGCCUCUGCCUAUGAAAUCUUAUCGGAUCCCAUUCGAAAGAGGCAGUAUGACGAUCAGCUGAGACGAAAAGAGCGAUUCCGAGAACAACAAGGGCAACAAAAGCGUCAUCAGCAAGAGCGAGAACGCCGCACUCGGAUGCAGCGAGAGCGGGAAGCAGCAUCCAAACGAGAUGCCUUUCUACCAGAGGCAAGGAAAUUGCAAAAAGAAAAAGUGAUUCGAAUAUCAACCACUGACGAUCUGGAGCAGAUUGCGUUUGAAAAUCAUGAACGUACAUUCAAGACCAACCUUCUUUUGGUAUUUGUAGCAAACAAGAAGGUGGAGAAAUUUGUCGAUGAUCAAUUACUCUUUCCUUAUAUCUCGAACAUUGAAGGGAUAAAGGGUGAUGAAGAUUUUUUCUUGCCCAUCAAAGUUAGGUACAACCGAGAUACCGAUCUGACAAGGCUGUUUCAGGUACCACACUAUGCCCAACGCUCUGGCAAUGCUUUCAUCGUCCUUGGGAAGAAAGGGCAGAACCCUUUCCAAAAGCUUUCAUCCUAUACGGCUGCGCCAGGAGGGGAUGCGCAUGCUCAGUUUGAAGAUUGGGUUACCAAGCAACUAUCGAUCGAAGUGGUGGUACUGAACCACCAUCACUCCAAUGUGAUUGUCUUUCAAAAGACAAGGCUUGCUUCCAGCAAAGAAUCGAUGGAACAGCGUUUCAUUGUCAAACCUCUCCGGGGACAACGACUGAAUCUUCGUUUGGGAGACACGAUCCUUGCAAUGGACAGCAAUGUAGACCGGUGGCCUGGCCACCAGCCCAAUUUGGACAUGACCAAAAUCCUACUGUCACAGGAAAAAGUCAUGCUGGGCCAGUGGAGACCUUGGCGGCAUGAUGACGAUGGGCAUCCAAUCAAGAUUCAUAUUCACUCCAAGCGAUGUGUGGAUUGGAGCAUCUUUUGUUGGGAUUGGAUGAGACGCCAAACGACGAAACCAUGUGGAGAUCAACCUGAAUUUCUUCACUCUAUGUGUGCCAAGUCCUGUGGCGUCUGCCAUGACAAUUUUCCAUUUUCGGCCAUGGCGUAUAUACCGUCCUACUACGGUUUGUGGCACGAACCACUUUCCUAUUGGCCUGAGUGGUCUCACGACGUGUUGCGGUUUGUCCGGGUCUUUGCCAAGGAUGUCGACCAUGUCUGGAGGUUUCGCAAGAAUGCUGGAUUCGCAUUUUUUCUUGGCGGAAUCGUAUUGGGAUAUAUAGUCGACAGUUUCUUGACUGCACUACAAUCCCACUCGUCGUUUGUUGGAAUACUGGCGCAAGCCCUACUCUGGCCGUUUGUAAUUGUGGGUGUUCCCAUGGCGGCUGUCUACAGUUUGAUUAUUGUUGAUGAUCGGCACCCCUUUGUGAAAGACAUGGUCCAUGUCAUUGACUACCGUAAAAAUGUGAUGGCAGUUCUGAUAUUGAUUGGUUUCCUACUUGCUUUCCCCAUUUGUUGGAUGGUGAAGCAUGAUGGCGAUUCGAACAAUAGAAAAGACAAUGUCCAAGGCAAAACGAAAACUGAGUGA